AUGUCGGCCGACAGAAACUCGGUCCACGAUGGCAAGGUGGUCCACGAGCUCAUCGACGGCCAGGAUGUCGCCAAGGUCGCUCACAUCGACGGCACCGUCGACUACAUUGACGCCAAUGCCGUCGGCGGUGACCUCGAGGACAUGCCCAAGGGCUACUACUACAGUCCGGCUUUCCUGGGCACCAUGGUGGCCAUCUGCUGCGCUUCCAUCUGCGCAUAUCUCGGUUGGGUGCUGCCCGCCAACACCCUGUCCCUCAUCAACGCCGACCUGGGCAACUCUCCCGACAUCAACUGGGUCGCCACCGUCUGGACGCUCGGCUCCUGCAUCGGCUUCCUGCUUAUCGGCCGUCUCUCCGACAUCUUCGGCCGCAAGUGGAUGGUCAUGGGCACCACCGUCCUCUCGCUCGUCGGCUGCAUCGUCGGCGCCGUCGCGAAGAAUGUCAACACCCUCAUCGGCGCCAAUCUUCUCAACGGCCUCUCGGCCGCCGGCCAGCUGUCGUUUGGUAUCACCCUUGGCGAGCUCGUCCCCAACAAGCACCGCGGCGUCGUCGUCACCAUCUGCUUCCUCUCCAGUCUGCCGUUUGCCGUCUUCGGCCCCAUCAUCGCCCGCUCCUUCAUCAACAACACUGCCGCUGGCUGGCGCUGGAGCUACUACAUUGGCAUCAUUCUCAACGGCAUCACCGCCAUCCUCUUCUUCUUCCUCUACCACCCGCCCAGCUACACCCAACUUCAUGUUGCCGGCAAGACCCGGUGGCAGGCUGUCAAAGAGAUUGACUACGUUGGCAUCUUCCUUUUUGUCGGCGGCUGCGUCCUCUUUCUCAUCGGCCUGUCCUGGGGUGGCACCAUCUAUCCCUGGGCCAGCGUCCAGACUCUGUGCACCCUGCUCAUUGGCUUUGCCACGAUUGUUGCCUUUGUCAUCUGGGAGGCCUACUUUUGCAAGGUCCAGCCCCUCAUGCCGCCCCGUCUCUUCAAGAACAAGGGCUUCGUCGGCAUUGUUAUUGUCGCCACCAUUGGCGCCAUGAUUUACUACUCCAUGACCGUCCUCUGGCCCACCAUUGUCGGCACCCUGUACACCACUGACAGCCUCCAGAUUGGCUGGCAGUCGUCGGUCGUCGGCGGCGGCAUUCUGCUCGGCCAGGUCCUCGGUGGUCUCGCGCUCGGCUACGUGCCCCGCGUCAAGACGCAGGCCGUCAUUGCCUCUAUCUGCGCCAUGGCCUUUAUCACUCCGCUUGCCUCCAUCACCACCGGCACCCACAACAUGUUCCUCGCCCUCGGCAUUCUCGGUCUCGUCUCCAUCGGCUACGUCGACAACAUCACCUUCCCCGGUGUCACCCUUGUCCAGGAGUCCCAGGACAUUGGCCUCGCCACUGGUGUCAUGGGCUCCAUCCGCGCGCUUGGCGGUGCCGUCGCCCAGGCCCUGUACGUCUCGGUGCUCAACAACAAGCUGACCACCAACAUCCCCAAGUACGUCGGCCCCGCCGCCACCGAGGCUGGCUUGCCCGAUUCUUCCCUGCCUGCACUGUACGCCGGCAUCACUGCCGGCAAUUUUUCUGCUGUCCCGGAUAUCACCCCCGCCGUCGAGGCCGCCGUCGGUGCCAGCCUCCCCACCGCCUAUGCCGAGAGUUUCAAGAUUGUUUUUUACUGCACCAUCCCCUUUUCUGUCAUUCUCAUUGCCGCCGCCUUCCUGGUGCCCAACAUGGAGCCGUACCUGCACCUCAACGUCGCCAAGAAGCUGCAGACCCGCGCCAACAUCCAAGCCGCCGAGAAGAAUGCCACCAUUGACCAAGAGAAGGCAAAUGUCGUGCAAGCCGAGACCGCCGCCUACGUCGAGGACGCUGCCUCCGCGGCCACCGUGCCGCUUGAAUCGGUGGCUGUUCCUGCGGCGGCUGCCGAGCGGACGUAA